CCUCCCCAACUCUUAUUGCCCCUGUUUUUUCUUCCACAAUCUCCACUUAUUAUAUCUCACAGCAUUUCUUCGUUACAACAAUUAGUAUAUAGUACUAUUAAAUACUAUAUAUUUAGCGCCGCAAGCAAAAGUAGCAAUUAUAUCACCUCGUUCCUCAAAUUUCUCGGAAGCUCACUGAAUUUAUUAUUCAGUACUACUUUUGUUUUGUUAAGUCCUUUUUUGUUUGUUGUCCCAUCCCAAUAUAUCCCAUUAUAAAUACAUACAGCACAAUUCAGUCUCAUUCCAAAAUGGAUGAAGAUUCAUUACAAGAACCUACGCUUCCCGGGUUUCGAUUCCACCCAACGGAAGAAGAACUUAUCAGUUUCUACCUUAACAGAGCUGCAGCCGGGAUUAAGCUGCCUUCCGAAGUCAUUGGCUUCCUCAACAUUUAUAACUAUGAUCCCCGCGAGCUACCCGGUACCCAACAAAAAUCAAUCAUUUUUUAUGAUUUUCAAUUUGAAGUUAUCCAUACCUAUGUUUUUUUUAAUCACGGAUUACUCAUUAUUCAUUAACAAUUUUUUUAUAUAUAUUCAGGAAUGGCAAAGAUCAAUGGGGAGCGAGAAUGGUACUUUUUUGUUCAUAGGGAUAGGAAGAAAGGGCAUGGAGGAAGGCCUAAUAGAACUACUAAACAUGGGUUCUGGAAAGCUACUGGUUCAGACCGUCAGAUCAGAAGCCCUUCGGAGACUAAGAAAAUUCUGGGUCUCAAAAAGACACUGGUUUUCUAUACUGGCAGGGCUCCCAGAGGAUCCAAAACUGAUUGGGUCAUGAAUGAAUACCGGCUUCCCGAUCAUCGGCUUUCACCAAAGGAAGACGUAGUAGUAUGCAAGAUUUACAGGAAGGCAACAUCGUUGAAAACUAUAGAGCAAAAUGCAGGAGUGGAGGACCUAAACAUGCCAACAUCAAUAUUAGGUCCAGUUUUAACAUCUUCAUCACCAACUGAGUCACAGAAAAGCCCGGAAGGAAGCUUUGGGGAGCCAGUGCAACAGAGUGAAAGCAUAAUGAUGAAUCUUCCAGCUCCGUACAAAAGGGAAGAAGAAGAAAAUGACAUCAUUAGUCCAUCAUCUUCAUCGUCCGUUAACAAUAAGCCCGGCAGCCUGAAAUACUGUAACUGGAAGGAAUUAGGAGUGUUGGAUGUGCCUAAGUUUAGUAUGGAUUUUACCACUGAUUCGUUAUGGGCUCAGUUGAGAAGCCCGUGGCUUGAUUAUUGGAGUCCCGGUGCCAUUGCCAACUUCCUUCAAUAGUCCACCAUGGCUGCCUUUCUCUGUGUCUAUUAUUCACGAUUUUUGGUUUUUAAUAAAAUUUAUAAUAAUAGGGUAUCGAGGAAAAUUACAGUAAUUUUGGACUUCCAUAGAAACACACGAGCUCAGGAUUGGGGUGAUCAAGUUCAAAUUCCAUUGAACCAUGUAUGUAGCAUAUAUACUGUAUAUUCCUUGAUAAAUCUAAUUAACGCUUUAAUCUAUCAUCAAACUCAUUUAUCAAUCAUUAACAUUGUCAUAUUAAUUAAUUAAUAGGGACUUAAAUGUCUCCACAUUUAACAUCAUCUGUAAACAUUAUAAAUGAAAAAUACUAGUAAUAUAUUAUGGCGUUAACAUGAAAAGAUCGAGCCAUCGAGGUACAACAAAGUAAACAUAUUGUAAAAUUUCAAUGACGAUCCUUUAGACAACUUAGCCAAGAUGACGGAAAUGUUAGGUGCACUGAUUUUUUUUCUUAAGAUUUUUAAUUUACAUAGUAUUUUUCAUGAUCCAAAAACAUUGGACAACUUUGGAAAUGCC